CGGUAGCGGAAAUUUUGAGUAGUUCGGAGAACCGGUAGUAAAAAUUCUGACUGGCUCCACCCCCAUCUAUUCUCUGCCUCCCAAUUCCCAGCUGAUCAGGAGGAAAUGGGGAUUUUGCAGUAACCUUCCCCUGGAUUGGGGAGGGAAUGGAGAUUUUACAGUAUCCUUUCCCUGCCACGCCCACCACGCCACGCCCACCAAGCCACGCCACGCCCACCAAGCCACGCCCACAGAACCGGUAGUAAAAAUAUUUGAAACCCACCACUGAGAUAUGUAUGUAUGUAUGUAUGUACACAUACACACAUACAUACAUACAUACAUACAUACACACACACACACACCCCUUUUUCAGGCCCAAGAGCUGCAUCUGAUUUUUGUUGUGACAAAAACAUAUUCCAAAAUGAUAUCAAGUGGAGAAGGUCAAAAAUUAAAAUAGAAUUUCAGUUCGAUUCCAUUUCUGUUUUGUUUACAAUUAAAAACAGGCUGGAUUUAUUAUCAUAGCACAGAUACACUUUUAAUCAUUUUCUUCUUUUUUUACAUUAAAAGCUAAAACGGCAACUUUCAGAGUUCUUAGAUUUCCGGCCCUGAGACUUCAUUAGGGGUAUGUGAUCCAGAGCUUUAGAUGGCAAAUUUCAGGGCUAAGCAGUAAUUCAGUUAACUUGGGUUUAGCAUGUUGUGUGAAUCUAUUUAAAUGCAGAUUGUUCAGCAAACAGAGACUUUGUGUAGUAAUACAAAAAAUAUAAUUGGGGAACAUGCCACCUUUUAGCAUUACUUUUGUACCCCUAGAGUAGAGCUAGGUCAUAGGGAUUUCCCCACCCAUAUGCCUGACUGCUCUUUAGAAAGCCAGAACCUGAAGAGGAAACUGAAAUACUUUGGCCACCUAAUGAGAAGCAAGGACUCCCUGGAGAAGAGCCUAAUGCUGGGAACGAUGGAGGUCAAAAGAAAAAGGGGACGGCAGAGAACGAGGUGGCUGGAUGGAGUCCCUGAAGCAGUCGGCAUGAGCUUAAAAGGACUCGGGGUGAUGGUAGAGGACAGGAAGGCCUGGAGGAACAUUGUCCAUGGAGUCGUGAUGGGUCGGACACGAUUUCACAACUAACAACAACAAUAAAAAUUGCUUGAUUAAAUCUCUCCCUGGGAGAUUCUGGAUACACAAGCUGGAUAUCUGGGUAAGAAUCUAUCCAAAGAGCAAGAUUAAGAUGACAUUAGCCACAUUUCCCCCAUCCAGCAUCAAAAAAUAUACAAGUAGUCCUCGACUUAGGACCACAGUUGAAUUCUUGGAAUUGGCAUAGAGCGAGGUUAAGAGGGAGCGAAAUAAAAUGGGUGACAGAAUAAAUGAAUGGAAAUUAGGAUUGCACUCUUCCAUUUGCCCUCUCUCGCCCUACUGAGCGAUGUCCUGAGAAAUCGCACACCAGGAAUGCCAACUUCAGGAGAAAAAUAGCCAACUUAACACACACAACCGACAAAGCCACACUGUGAGGAUGUAGUUUGUGCUCUGUGUGUGCCUUCUGAAUGCAAUCGCUGUGGCUUGUGAGCAGCACUGAGCAACUCGGCUCUACAGGAUGAGCUUUCUCAACCUGCCCUAUUUGAUCCCAUUAGACUCCCCAUACAACCACACCGCAAAGAGGAAGAAAGACCCUGGGAUGGAGAUGGGGGGUUUUCCAACCCCCUUUUGCCCAGUUCCCCCCCCCCUUUCCCAAUUUUCACAACACCUUCUAGUAAAAUGUGCCUGGCUAAUUUGCGGCUCGGUUGUUUUGCUGGCUUAAUUCAACCAACCGCUCUUAAAAAGUAUCCUGGGGGAUAACUCAUUAAACCAGGGUUGGUUGGCCCUGGAUCACGCCUGAAGCCCCCACCUCACCCCAGGUCUACGAUAAACAUGAUGUGGGCUUAAACCCCGCAGCUCACAUCCUCGUUUUCAAGAGAAGUCCUCCCCACAAAUGCAGAAAGAUGGGCUGGCAUUCGCGUGUGCAGAAGGCGGUACAUGAAAAGCGAGCAAAGUGAAGAGAAGCGAGCGGGGCUGUGUGUGUGUGUGCAUUUCUCCUUUCCUGCUGCGAGCAAAACUGCUCACCUCAAAGAAUCAGAAAAAUGUAGAAGGCAUGAGAGAGAGAGAGAGAGCGUCUCCUGGGGAAUCCAUCUCCACAUGAUCCCACCUUACCCUCUUUCCCACCAGCCCCGGGGGGGGGGGAAUCUAAUUGUUUUCCUACGCUCCCUCCAAGAAUGGAUUUCCAAGCCAACCAGACCUCCAACGAUUCGGAUUCCGUUCUGAACAUCUCGCAGCUGGGACAUGCCUUCCCUCCCGAAGGUAAUUUGGAUUUAAGCUCCAUGAGUUAUUCGACCGUUAUCAUGUCCACCCUCUUUGGUGUCAUCUGUCUGGUGGGCAUCGUUGGCAACAGCCUGGUGAUCUGCGCCGUCUUGAAGAAAUCCCGCCCCAGCAGCACCGUACCUGAUAUCUUCAUCGUCAACCUUUCCUUGGUGGACCUCUUGUUCCUUCUGGGGAUGCCCUUCCUCAUCCACCAGCUGUUGGGCCAAGGAACCUGGAAAUUCGGAGGGACCAUGUGCACCAUCAUUACUGCCUUGGAUGCCAACAGCCAGUUCACCAGCACUUACAUCCUCACCGCCAUGUCCCUUGACCGCUACCUGGCUACCGUCUAUCCUUUCUCCUCCACCCGCUUCAGGAAACCUCCUCUGGCCAUCACGGCCAUCUGUAUGAUCUGGGGCCUCUCCUUUCUCAGUAUCACUCCAGUCUGGAUGUACGCCCAGCUCAUUCCUUUGCCAGGAGAGCUCCUGGGAUGUGGGAUACAUCUACCGGAUCCUCAGUGGGACAUCUACUGGUAUACCCUCUACCAGUUCUUCCUUGCUUUCGCCAUCCCAUUUGCGGUCAUUACAAUGGCCUACCAAAGGAUCCUCCUGAAGAUGGCCAGGUCUUCUGAAGUCCUGACCAGGCAAAGAGGCACCCAACUCCGGAUCAAACGGGUGACACGCAUCGCCCUUGCCAUCUGCUUGGCCUUCUUCUUGUGCUGGGCUCCGUUCCACAUCCUACAGCUCAUCCAACUGGCCGUCGAGCCCACCUUGCCCUUCUAUUACGCCUACAAUGUGGCGAUCAGCCUGGGUUAUGCCAACAGCUGCCUCAACCCUUUCAUCUACAUCGUGCUGGGUCAGAAUUUCCGUCGGAGGAUCACGGUGUCCGACCAACCUGCGGAGGCAGAGGGACUUUUCCAACCUCACGUCAAAAGCGCCCCUGGAGACCCCAGCGAAUCUGGGAAGCCUUUGCUACAUUUGGUCUCCGUCUUGGCCAGAUAAAGAGGAUGACAAAUGGAUUUAUUUGGGUGAAUUAACUCCAGGGAUAGAUGUUCAUCCACCAGCUCUCGCCUCACAAUCAGGAGGCUGCGAGUUCGAUCCUAGGCAGAGGCAGAUAUUUCUCUCUCUGGGCACAAUGAGAAUAUAUCUGCUGAAUAUAACUCUGCAUGGGUGACAGGAAAGGCAUCCAGCCAGUAAUCACUCAGCUGCGUUCAGUUGCCCAGAGUCCACUCCGCAAGAAAUUAUGGGGUCAUUAAAUGGAGAUACAAUGUGUUCAUCCACCAUUUUUGAAAACUGGGGCCUUUGUGUGUAAACUGAUCUAUGGCUUAAACCCGCAGGAGCAAACGCAGCUUUAAGAGGUGUGGACUUUAAAUAUACUGGCUGGGGAAUUUUGGGAGUUGAAGUCCACAUUUCAUAGAAGUGGCUAAAUUUGGGAAGGAAAAACAUCAAAAUAAACAAAUCAAAAAGCAGCUGAAGGAAUCAUGGACAUUGUAUGCUGCUGCUUCUUUUUUUAGUAUUGAGAUUCUCCAAACACACCAAAUUGAUCAGUCAACUCAGGGGUCUCCAAUCUUGGCAACUUUAAGACUUGUGGACUUCAACUCCCAGAAUUCCUCAGCCAGGCUGAGGAAUUCUGGGAGUUGAAGUCCACAAGUCUUAAAGUUGCCAAGGUUGGAGACCCCUGAUUUAAAUGACAUCCAUACCCUCAUUAUUGGAGGUAGGGCAGAAAUCAUUUUGGGACAAGUCCCAUAAAAACAUUCACCAGCAAUUUUGCGUGAUAUUCUCAUUUAAAUUCAGUCUCACUCCGUCUAAUAUUGUAUAGUGAGGCAUGCCUGUGCUGAUUAAAGACAAGAUUGUUUUAUUUUGUGUUUUGGUUUAGUUUCGCCUGGAGUUUUGACCUUACGUGUUUGUGAACUGUACUGUACAGUCCAAAAUCUUGAAUAAAGAGAAUUUUAACUUUC